UGCGUUUGUUGGUGUGAACAAAAUGCCAUACAUAUCAUCAGAUGGCACAGUUGGGGGAAGCAGAGACUAUUUCAGUGUGCAAGGCCUCCUGGGCUUCUUCUGGGCCAUAGUCAACUUCUUCCAGCUGUUUUUCCGGACGCUGAUCAGCCCUGACGACAACAAGCGCGGCAGCGGCUACACGUCCGACUACCGGGCGCCGGGCCGCGGCGGACCGGGCGGGCCGGGCGGCCCCGGCGGCGCACCCCGCCGCCGCAUGGGCGGCUUCAGCUGCGGCCCCGGCGCCGCCGGCCCGCCGCCCAUGGCCGGCGGCGGCUGA